AUGUUAAAACUGCUCUCGCUGUUCAUCAUAACUAUAGCAUGUUCGCAGCUAGUAGCGGAGCCUAUUGCAAGUAAGUUUGUCUAUGUCUAUCUAUCCGAGUAGUCAAUCACAAUUUAACCGUAAAAGUUGCAAUUCCCACAUGAAUCAGUAAGAUGGAUGAGAGCUCCUUCACAAAACGCGUCAGCUUCUGCCAAAAUCAGAUAAACAUAUACACAUUAGUUUCUUCCCGAUAGACACGACACGACAAUACAACAACACAACUUGAAAUAUGAGUUGGAAUUUGGAUUUUGCAGGUUUCUUUGAUGGAUUGGAUAGUCGGAAUGAGUGCAAAGCGAGACUGGACAGACGGCUGACCGGUUUCUCGGGGCUCCUCUACUCACACUCCAAGUACGGCCAGGAACCCUACAAUACCAGCAGGAACUGCGUGCUCAUGCUUGUUGCCCCUCUUGGUUAUAACAUCCGGGUGAGGGCAAUUCAGUUCGAUGUGGCCAGUACGGAGAACGCGCGCACCUGCGAGAAGGACACCCUUCAUAUCUUUGACGUGAGCCCAAAAGUACUUCCGACGGAGAUGACGGUCAACCGAUACUUUUCAGCAUGAAACGACACUCGAUCCGGAAAGUUACGCACCUGCCCGCAUUGAUGACAUCACGUCUCCAGGUCCGAUUAUCGGUUGGUUGGCCUUUGACUUCUCCCGCCCUUUGUUGCGUAAUCCCGAGCCGGCAUGACCCUCUCUUUUUCUGGCAAGCAGCCGUCCGACACUUGCUACUGUUCUUUCCCCAGCUCGAGUAUCUUGGGUUCGGUUCUCAAAUUAAUUUCAAACAGGAUGGGUAGUAAACGGGCAGGCAUGAGACACCAAUCCAGAUGGUCAGAUGCAUCUUUUUUCGCAGUCCGGUUCGGGUUCUUGAGUGGCAUUAGAUGAUGAUUAAGUGGUGUACUCGGAUAAUUGCAGGACAAUUCUGUGGACACUUCGAGAAUCGCAUUCUAAACACGAGCUCUCACAAUGCUCUAACUCUCUGGUGGCACUCGAAUCCAAAUGGUUCCGGAGCGGCCGCGAAGGGGUUCAAGUUGCACUGGGGAUCGUUCAGAGUUUCUAAAACUGGUAAAUAUUCUCUUUUUCAUAUUCUUAUUCAAAAUUCCAUAUUUAGGUAACUGUGUGACUGGAGAAUUCUCCUGUGGGAACGGAGAAUGCAUUCCCAUCGAAUCGGCUUGCGACAGAUUUCCGGACUGCUCAAAUGGAGAUGACUUGAUCCGUGCCCGUCAGAUGGAAGCUGGUUGUCAAAGUGAGCUCUUUUCCAACAUACUUGAUCCUUAUCUCCGUACGUCCAAUCCGGCGCAGUCCUUGAAUUUUGCAUAUAUGAGGACAAGGAUGAGGGCACAUAUGCAAAUUAAAAUGAGAAGGAGUCAAUUAACUGUGACAUGUAUGUUGCAGAUAUCGAGAUCGACCCGUUGACAAGUGUAAGUGGAGCGUUUGUGCUUCUAUUAUCCGCAGUCGUCAUACUGUCACUUUGUGGCAUCAUCUCGUUCAUCAUGUGUUUGUGCAAAUGUGGAAAGAGUCCCACUCCUAUCAAAGGUACGGAACUCAUCAAUUAUUUUCUGCACAUCCCACUUUCGCAGGAGCUGCUUCCCACACAACCACGACAACGACUGCCGACUACAAGCCAGAACCCCCACAGUUCUACCCGCCGUCACCGCCAAAAAUGCCGCCACCAUCCGCCGCCAGCAGCUACACUCCGAGAAAGCUUCAUCAUUUGUGAGCAUGACAACAUCCUCUCCGUCAUAUUGCCAAUUUCAUUUCAGUGAGGGGCAGUUGGUGCCUAGCGAGGCCAGUGCUUUCCACUUUGCCAGAUCUCAGAACCACUACAGCGUUGACAGUGACAUCAACGGGGAUUACACUUAUGUUCGCAACGACGUUCACAGAAACCUUCUGUAA